AUACGCGCGUGUGGUGUGUGGUUCCUUGUUCCUGCUUCGUCGUGUGUCUUGUUUCUGGACAGUUUUGCACAGGUGAGUGGGCGGAAACAUGGAGCUCCUGGCUCUCACGGGAGCCGCCGUUCAACCACUGCUGCUGGACAGUGGUUCUGACACUGAACCACCUGUGCAGAACGUGGAGGAUGAACCACAAGGUUCCUGGGACCCAAGUCACUCCGUCUUUUCACCGCUAACUGGCAGGAGCUCCCCUCAUCAUGUGACCAAUACAGACUACACCCAGACUACACCCACCGACCAUACACUGACUCCGCCCACUGACCACACCCCAUCGCCUCUGACUAUCACAGCUAGGGACCUGUGUCCUGCGAGAGGGAGAGGGAGAGAGAACGGGGAGAGCUUGAUUUCUUGGGAAUCACUAUCUCCCCUGACGCUUCCUGCCUUCCAGAGUCGGAGUACCCCACAACACCCUACCGCGCCUACUCCACCGAUUCUUACUCCAGUUACUCCACACCAUACUCCCGGCACCCCGCAUGCAACAGGUCACGUGAGGAUCAAAAUAUCGGCGAAAAAGCUCCGAGAAGUCGUUUCACCACUCCUCACUCCACCUCCGAGACUACCUCAGAAAACAGUGGAAGAGAGCGUUUCUCUUCGUUCUCUUCCGUCUUGCGAGAGUCCUGGGAGCUCUGAGUGCUCAACACCGAGAGCUCUGGUACCACUGCAGCACCUCUCCGUCCCUCCCUCCCCCUCCCUCGCUGCUCCCAGCCCCUCCGGUGUGCCACUACAAGCCAGGGUCGAGAAUCAGCCACCCAAUGCCAACGAAGCAAGAGCAACCGAUAAGUGUAAGGGUUUGGUUCAGGGUACAAUGAGAUCCAGUCACCACUGCUCCCAAGUCGACACUUCAUUAGAGAACAGUGUCUUUGUGAGCCAAAUUGAAUCCCCACAGCCCACGUCUACCGCAAAGGAAAAGCUGCUUCAGCAACAGGCCCGGGAGAAGAAGAGGUCGCAGUUCAAGGUGAUUCGGCCACAGGUUAUCGGACAACAAGAGGCAACAUCGAAGACAAAUAUGGGGGAGAGGGAUGGUAAAACGAGGCAUGAACCGGGCAGAGCUUCCCCCGGGCUGCCUCAAAAGGCCAGGAGAGUGGGAGGAGAGAGGAACGGAGGGAGUUGUGGGAUUCCAUUACCAGAGCCAGUCGCCUCAAAUGAGCAGGAGAGACCUGGUGCAGGCAUGACUCGACUUCCUGUCUCCUCGAUUCCUCUCUGCCCUCCUCCUCGUCAUCCGAUUCCUUCUCAAUUAGACUCUGAACCCUCGAGCAGUGUUUUCCCUGAGAAUGCGGCCCACAGGAGGGAUUCUGUCUCGCCUCCAAGGAAAACAUUAGGGAGACCUGGCAGAUCACGUCCUCCUCCGGUUGGCGGCCGUGGGACAAACAGGACAGUCUGGCACCGACAAACCCGCCACAAACGGCCUCCUCAUGUUUCCUCCCGUCGAAAUCAUGCGCCUGGUGUCUCCCCUGUUUCUACUGAUGGCGAUGGACCUCGUGUUAUCUCUAGGCCGACAUACAGGGCUUCUCCCUCGAAAUCAUCACCACAACAACCACCACCCACACCCACCUCACUUCCCCCAUCCUCAUUCCCUCCCCUCCCUCCCCAUCUCCCUGGAAACCCUCUUCCGCCUUCCGUCUCCAACUAUCUGCCACUGGACUUCCAGGAGACAGUUUGCCUGGUGGCCAGCUGCGCUGCCGCGGCAACUGCUGCUGCCCUAACAACACAUAGAAAUUCUGGGGACGAAGCCAGUGUCAUGAAAGACAGGCUCUGUGGGAAUUGUCCUAGCCACCAUCUCGCCUCAAGGCAGCCGCCAUCCAAACUCGAUUUUGCCCCUGGUCCUCCCUGGUCCACUGAGAGGAAGAGGGGCAGAGGGAGGAGCGAGGUGGACGGAUUCCCUCAGGACAGACGGCCGACGGGAGUCAAAGAACCGCCGGUGGAAAAGAAAACUGAAGCGUUUACAGUGGCCCCUCAGGAAUCACAGUGGUGUGGGGGUUUUGGUCUGCCAGAUAAACAGCCGUCACCGCUAUCUAACCAGACCCUCUGUGCUGGAAAACAUUCUGAAAAAACACAAAACGGAACAGACUUCUGGCGCCAGGAUCCACGGGGGUCUCCCCCCAGAGACCACCACCUGCCAGACGGCGACAACACCGACUCAGAGGGUUCCGGUCCAGAAACAAGCCAGCGGGAUCUCCCUGCGAGAGAUGAGAGAGUCGCCUCCCCUCCCUGCCAUGAGCUGCUCAACGAACCGUGGGACAAAGGUCAGUACAAAGGUUGA